GGGGAGUUCCAAUAUGGCCGACCGUUGGCUUCAAAGGCUUAUAAUGGCAAUAAAUACCAUCAGCAAUCCAGGGUUUAUAUACAUCGUUGGUUACAGUGUAAUUUACAGGAACUAACUCGGUACUGCCGACCACAUCAGCUACCCGGAAAACUGGCACACUCACGAACAGCACGGACAGGUAGAGUUCGUUUUCUGAAUGCUGAAGUGUGUACCUGAUAAUCACGACAAUGGCUAAACUUAAUAGCUGUUUCCAGCGGCUUUUUGUCUUCUUCAACCUGCUGUUUGCGAUCGUUGGAGGUGUGAUUAUCGGCCUGGGACUUCUGGGUCAAUUCGCCUACAAUGACAGCACUUCAGAGUUUGAGAACCAGUCCAAAGGGUUUCUGGUGAUGUAUCUGGUAGGAGGCAUCACCAUGGCCAUGUCUCUGCUCGGGGCGUACGGAGCACACAGAGAGAAGAGAAUUCCCCUGAUCGUGUUUCUGGUGGCCUGUUUUAUUGGCUGCUUCGGCCUCCUGCGUCUGGCGGUGCCCACAGCCAUGUACCGUUCUGAGAUGAUGCAGAUCGUGGAGGCGAAGUUCCGUGAGGGCCUGCCUCUGAACGAAGCCUCCCCUGAUGUUAGACAGUUCACUGAGAGGAUUCAGCUGAAUUUGAAGUGCUGUGGGCUGUUCAGUUACACAGACUGGGGCAACAACGUCCCUGACUCCUGUCUCUGUCAGGGGGAGGACGAUCAGAUGGAGGGUACAUGCCUGAACAUUCCAUACCGGUUGUUGUUCCUUUCAGAGUACAGGAUGACUGGACACCAGAAGCUGAUCUACAAACAGACCUGCUUCCCCAUCCUCGAGGGCUACCUGGCUAAAGCUCUGGACAUCCUGUUGGGCGUUUCCUUCGGAUUCGCUGCUCUGGCUCUCCUGGGAGCGGUGAUGUCUGCCGUCCUGCUGGCUCAGCUGAGGAGCUCUACCGUAGGGGUUCCUGUGGUGUUCAGUGUCAGCUCUCACCCAUCCAAGUUCAGCUUCAGUUCCCACCCACCCAAGUACACCGAGCUUUACAACGAGCCUGAGAAGACUGAGAAGUGAGAAAUCAGACUGAGGUUCAGGAUGUGGUUAGUUUAGAUGACAUGGUUUUAGGCUGUUGUUCAGUCUGGCUCAGCAUAGAAAUAGAACUACUAGAAUGGUUAAAGCCCCACAACCAUGGCGUAUGAUCAAUAUAGUUGAAUGGGGAUUGUCUUUCUAGGGGUCUAUUUCUAUGGUGUCCAGACUCCGACUGUUUUCCUUCUACAUCUUCUGGUUGUUGUUGUGUGUUUUUCAACGAGAGGUCUCCUUAACUCUCUUUCUGACUGUCAAACCAAAAAGGAAGGUGCUACUUCCUUCUGUGUGUAAUUUGCUUUUGAUUUGAGUUCUACGUUUAAAGAGAAUCACCACCGGUGGUUUUAUACAUAUGCAGCGAGUUCUGAGUCAAAUGGUUGGGGAACGUUACAUUUUAUUUGCAGAAUGAGACACAAUGAGCCGGCAGGGCGUUUUGAAAAGAGGAUAUCACACAGAGAGGACAACUCUGAGAUAGUAAGGACAGAAUGUCAUUUCCAUAGGACUUUGAAUGUCAAAUCAUUUGCCUUGAAACUGCAAUAAUAAAAAGGGAAACGAAAGGGAAGGUCGACAGAAGGGAAGGUCGACAGAAGGGAAGGUCGACAGAAGGGAAGGUCGACAGAAGGGAAGGUCGACAGAAGGGAAGGUCGACAGAAGGGAAGGUCGACAGAAGGGAAGGUCGACAGAAGGGAAGGUCGACAGAAGGGAAGCUUUUUGCAAUGAAAUGGAACAAUGUUAAGUGUUUUGCUAUGAACUGUAAAUCCUUAUAUGAAAUAUACAACAUGCCAACUGUCUUGCUCUCUUAUGUUUCUAAAUAAAGCAUCUGUCUUCUA